GUGCGCUGGCGCCGAGGUGCUGGCGAUCGAGGGUUCGAGGCGUCAGCGCAGCGUUGAGGCGUUGGUGAAGUACUGGCUGCGCGCCGGGUUCAAGAGGGCGGCUCUCCGUUGCGACGUCGAGGCCAGCGUCCCAGCGCCGAGGGGCGAAGCCGUGGCGGGGCUCGAAGGGCCGCGGGGUCGAAUGCGAGAUCGAGACCUCGGCUGUCGGCGAGUCUCAGUCGAACGGCUUGGCCGGAGGGCGAUCAGGGACAUGGGGGGCCGCUUGGGGGCCCUGAGGCGCACGGUGGAGGAGUUGCGCGGCGUCGCGGCUGGCCAGGCAUUGCGCGGCCGCGCGCGACGGGGGUCGGGUCAGAUGGAUUCGGGCGGCCGCGCCGUUCGCGAGCUGAGGCUGGGGCGCCCGCGCGAGAGGCCGCCCCCGAGGUUCGGCAAUGAGGUUUUCUAUCUGCCGGUGGGCGAGCGGGGGCCGCGGCCAGUGGACAGGCGGCUGGGCUGCGUCUUCUACGGCGCCCGGGGCGACGGCGACGCGGCGUGCGCGGCGGCGCCGAAGUGGGUGGCGCGGGCGAGGGGCAGGGCGCCCUUCGGCAGCCCACGCGUCUACAUCGGGAAGGGCGCCCAGUUUCGGCGCUGCGGCGACGCCCGGGGCUGUCGUGGGCGCGCGGCGGCUCGGGGCACUCGGGGCGCGAUCGUGCGCGGCGAGGAGUGCGGGGCCAGGAUCGAGAAGGCGAUGGUGGGCGACGGCGCGUUCGGCGGUG